AUGGAAAUUCUAAAAGGAAGUAUGAGUAAAUUUUUUCAUAGAAAUAGCAAAAAUGCAUUUAGUUCUGAUGAUGAAAAACCAUUUAGUUCUCUUUUCAGAAGAACAAAUGUAUCUUUUUAUGAUGAUAUUUACACAGAAGCAGUGUUUUUAUUAGAAAAAGAAUGUCAGCCAAUUAACAAUACCAUGAGGAAUUAUGAAAAAUGUAUAUCAUUUCAUGAUGAUAGAACAAUCUUAGAUAAACAAAAAAGACAGGAAUUUCAUAAAAUAGAUGAAAUUAUAAAUAAUAUUAAUUAUUUAGAUAGCUUAAAGAAAAAAGUAUAUAAUAUUGAAUUUCAAAAUAUUAUAGAGCCAUUAGGUAUAUAUAUCCCCAAUAAAAAAACAGAAAAUAACAGUGAUAGAAUAAAUGGAAAUAUUUAUAAGGAAAAAUUUGAAGUUUUAAAAAAAAAGUAUAAUGCUCUUAAAGAAAAUAUAGAUAAAAGAAUAGAUCUGGAACUAAUUAAGUCUGGAGCAUUUUACAACAAAGAGGAUAUAAAAGACAUUUUUUAUAUGGCAAGAAAGCAACAAUCUGAGAUUAAUACAAAGAAAAAUAUUAUAAAAGUUCAAAGUACUGUAAUAGAAAACAUUGUAGAACAUAAUAAAUUAAACAAAAAAAAACUAAGAAUUAAUAAAAAGAAAAAUCAAAAACUAACAGAAAUGUGCAAAUUUUAUUAUGAGCAAAAUGAAAAGAUACAAAUGAGAUUAAGGAAGAUAAAAUAUACAUUCCUUGAAUAUAGAAUAGCUUUAGAAAAUAUUGUCUCUUGCUGUGAAAGAAUAGGAGGAGAUAAAAUUAUUUUAAUGGAUGGAAUUAAGUCAGCUAGAGCACAAACAGAUUUAUCCAAUGCUACUAAAAUAUUGAAUAUGAAGAAAAUUGAAGAAUUGCAGAAUAACAUAAAAUAUUGUGAACAACAAAUAAAUAGUUUAAAACACAACUUAAAUUGCAAACUAAAGGAAUUAAGCAAAGAAUCAAAAGAAAAAAAUGAAGCUAAGAAUGAAACAUUAUACUAUAAAGAAGAAUUAACGAAAAAUAAUAACUUAUUAACAGAAGUAUUAGAAGACUUUCAUCGUGUUCUUUCUGAUGCUGAUAAUUUUCUUCAUAAAGAUGAAAAUAUAAAUGGUUUUAAAAAAUUAUUUAAUAAUAGGAAAAAAAAGUAUAAUGAACUUGUAAAAAAAGCUUCCGAGAGAAAUAAAGAAUUGAAAAAAAGAGAAAAUGAAUUGAUUUUAGCAAAUAUAAUGAAAAAAAAAGAAUUAAAAAAACAUGAAGAAUACCUAACAAUGCAAAUAAAAGAGAUGAAAAAAAAGGAAGAAGAUAAUAAGAAGAUAGAAGAAGAAAAACUAAAAAAUGAAGAGGAAAUAGAAAAAAAAAUGAAAGAAGAGCAGGAAAAAAAAACAGAAGAACUGAAAGAGCAACAAAUAAAUGAAGGAACUAUCGUAGAUAAAAAGAUAAGAAAAGUGAAGAAAUUAAUGGAGGAAAAAAAUAUAGAGAAUUUUACAUAUGAGGAAUGUGUAGAUAUUAUAUACAAAGCGAAUCUGGCAUUAACUGAGAAUAAAUUAAGCGAAUUAAAAAGUAAAGGAGAUAUAAGCAAAGAUGAAUUAAUUAUUUUUAUUAAAUCAAUUGUUCUAAAUGAAGAAGAAGCACUUCAAAAUAUGAUUACUUUCUUUGAAAUAUGGGAUGUUCAGAAAACUGGUUACAUGCAUAAAGAUCUACUCUUAUUUAUUUUAAAACAAUUCGGUGACAAUUUCACUGAAGAAGAAGCUAACUUUUUACAAAGAGAAUUAAAUCUAGCAAAUGGAUCCAAUAUAUCUUAUGUUGAUUUGUUGAAAAGGUGGAUACAUGGGGAUGAAAAAGAAUUAUAA